AUGGCAAUAUCAAUGUUUGGGUACACAACACCAACAACAAGACUUUGUAUACUUCAAAACAUUCAUUCCAUUUCACCGAAGCAAUGUCAUGAUAUAAAUAUGUCGAUAAAAGAUUUACUCGAUAGCUUUUCCUUCUCCCUCGUAUUUAUUCCCGCGUUCAAACGAUAUCAAGGCAUUUCAUUAAGUUUUAUUUCUUUUGCAAUCCCAUUUCUUCCUGUGCUGCAUAAACAACAUAACGACGACGAUUUUGCUUGCUUCGUAUUGGAGGUGAUUUUCAAAGUUUACAUAUUUACUGUAAUGGAAAAGAGAUCGCAAGUUUGUUUAUUAUUUGAGCUUUUUUUUUUAUGGUUGAAUGAAAUGACUUUUUUUCUGCUCUGCCUGUGCUGUUUUAACGUCAGAAGCUUAGCAAUUCAUGUUAAAGGUCCUAAAAUUCUAAUUUUAGUUCUUGACGUAAAGAGUGCUGCUGGCAAAGGAAAACUGAAGAAAGGAUUUCAAAUAUUUAAGUCUCACACCCUCUUCCCGUCUUAUAUUUUGCCCCAUUCAUCAUUCUUGUCUUUCUUUUUUUUUCAUUUCGAUUUUCCACAUCGAAACAAGCAACUGAAGAGAUUUUUUGCCCAACAACAAUCGAGUGUAAAAUUACUGUAA